AUGACCAAGGAUAAUCAUGACAUGAAUUUGAACGAUAGUUCGAAAGAGCACGACGACAGUCUUCAUGUGCUAGAGAGAAAUAAGGACACGCAGAAGGCUAAGCAGAUUUACGAUCGUCCAUCAUAUGCGAAUGUCAUCAGGCCUGUUAGUUCCAGAAAACCGGACGUCCUUGUCCAUAGAUGUGCCACAGUUUGCCCCGAAGUUAUUAACGGAGUUAUUUCUCUUAAAAUUCCGGAAACUAUGUAUCAAGAUUGGGUGAAGCAGUUUCAACAUGCGUUGAUUGGAAGGUUCCUUCUCCGCAAAGGUGAGAAGCCUAGAUUGGCUUCGGAUUUGAAAACCGAGCUCCAUAAUACGUGGAAAUCAAAGAGUGAUUGGCAACUUAUCCCCAUGAGUAAGGGUUUCUAUACUUUUAAGUUUUCUACAGCAGAGGAUAAAAGCAUUGCUAAGCGGUCUAACUUUUGGAAUUUGAGUUCCGGCACUUUGCGGUUACGUGAAUGGGUGAGAAACUUUGAUCCUUAUAAGGAGAUUUCUUCGCUGUGUCAAGUUUGGAUGCGAAUCUACUAUCUCCCAGUGGAAUAUUGGACAAAGGAGAUUAUUUCAAGCAUUGGCCGUUCUGUAGGCAUGCCUAUCAAGGUUGAUGGGGCUACGGCUGACGGUGACAUUGGACAUUUUGCGAUGGUUUUGGUGGAGGUGGAUUUGGGCUUGCCGCUGCCGGAGUCGGCUUCCAUUGAUUGUCCGGAUUCUUUCUUUGUUGAGUUUGGAUAUGAGCAGUUGCCGCUCUUUUGUUCUAAAUGUAAAAUUACGGGGCAUAUGCUGGACAAGUGCAGGAAAAGGAACCUCAAUCCCAAUGAAAAAGGGACCGAGGGAAAGAAUAAAAAGGAUGGUGCGGAAGUGAUUGUGGAUGUUUCUAAGGACACUGCUAAGGUUAACGAUGCUGAUUUUCGCAUGUUAAAGAAUAAAGCUAAUUGGGUUCAUAAGCCUAUGGCUGAGCAGACUUCUGGAGAAAAGAUUGAUUGUGAUAAUAGUUUCAAUGCUUUGACGAUUGUUCAGGAUAACAUCGAGGAAAUUUCCGGACCGGAUAUUUUGGAGGCACUCACUAUACCGGUGAAAGUCGUUGAAGAAAGUUCCAGAGACGGGAACGUUGUGAAUGCUGCUACUUUGGUUUCGGAUUCUGAGGAAGAAAAUAUUGAGCAAAUCGAAAUGGAAACUCUAUCACAUCAGGUGGUGGAAAGGAAUGAAGGAGUGUCCGCGGUCUCGGACCAGGGAACCAAUUCUGACUCACAAGCGAGUGAGAAAACUGCUGCUAUUAACGGAAUAGAGCAGGAUAUUCGGCUUCAGCAAAAAAGAGGGCGGCCUCCUGGACAAGCUAAUAAGGAGAUGAAAAAAAUCCCAGGUGCGGACAAUAUCAAAGGAAGACUGCGGAAGGCGACUGAUACGAAAAUUGAACCAAAUCCUGAGGCUGUUGAGAGCAUCAAAGAGCAGCUGUAUAAAGCUUGGAAGGAAGGGGGCGACCCUAGGGAUUUUGUUAUCUCUAAUGAGGAUUCUGAGAGAGCUCGUGUGAUGUCCAAGGUGGGGGCUAAGAGUUGGGCGGCUGAAGUGGAAAGGGGUGACCCCUAG